ACGUCAUGCUUUUGGUACACGAAAUUUCCAACAAUCGACGAGAGACUGAAACUAGUUUUUCAUAACAAAGAUGGCGAAGAUGUAGUGAAAAUCAACGUUGAUUAGGAAAAUGGGGAAAAGUGAAAUCGAAAAGCCACCCAGUUCCAAAACCAAGAAAGAAAGGCUGCUGUUUCCGACAAAGGUUGUGAUUCGACGCCUUCCUCCAUCACUCACUGAAGAACAGCUGAAAGAAGAGCUUGGCGGCCUGCCAGAGCAUGAUUUUUUCUAUUUUGUUGGUAGUGAUAUGAGCUUUGGCCCCAUAUCUUUUUCAAGAGCUUACAUCAAUUUUAAAAACAGAGAUGACAUAAUAACAUUUCGAGAUCAAUUUGAUGGUCAUUGUUUUGUGGAUAGCAGAGGGGGAGAAUAUCCAGCUGUUGUGGAAUAUGCUCCUUAUCAAGCAGUGCCUAAAAAGAAAGUCAAAAAAGAUCCUAAGAUUGGAACCAUUCUUGAAGAUCCUGACUACCUGGCAUUCGUGGAAUCUCUCAACAAAGCUGAAGAACCACCUCCAAGUAUUGAAGCUCAUUUAGAAGAGAUUGAAGCAAAAAAAUCUUCAUCUGAGUCAACCAAGACGAGUACACCAUUACUGGAGUAUUUGAAAAUGAAGAGGAGUUCACGUGGCAGACCUGUGUCUUCUCGUGGUACACCAGAGAAAAAGAGAAGACCUGACAGGGAGGAACUCUCAAAGUCGCCAAAGAAAUCUUCUGCCUCAAGUUUGUCUUCCAACAAAGAUUCAGGUGCUAAAAGCACAUCAAGCCAUCCUCCCAAGGAGGAAAAACCUAAAGACGAGAGGAAAGAUGCAAAAAGUAAAGAAGAAAGUCGCAGAAAAGAUGAGAUGGAUAGAAAAGGCAGCAAGGACUCAAAGACUUCUCCACCUUCGAAGGACAAAUCAGAUUCAAAAUUGCUAUCCAAAGGAAAAGAAGAAAAGGGUCGACCUGAUUCGGGAAGAUUCGGAAGGCGCCCCGACAGCCGACGUUCCGACGAGCGACGUCCGGAAGACAGGCGAAACACUAAUCGGAGAGAACGAAGGGAUGCUCCGGAAAGUUCUGGAAGUGAUCGAGGACGAGAUGAUCGUUUUCGGAAAGACGGCGGGAGUGACACGAGUGGCCGACGAGACCGAAGACCCGACAGUCGACGAGAUUCGCGACCAACUCGAGAAUCCGAAAACAAGCCGAAAGACCGAGAAACCUUGCCGAAAGCAGCCGAUUCUGACAAAGGUGUAAAACGCGGUAAAGAGCAAGACAAGGAGCACGUGAGCGACUCGGCGAAGGAAAGCGAAAAGAAGGCUAGAGACAGCGGAGAGGUUGGUGAUAACACCCCUCCAGGAGAGGAAGCCAAGGGAACUUCAAAGGAGGAGAAAAGUCGAAGUGAAGAAGAAGCGAUCAAACAGCGGCGACUACGAAACAAGGAUCGACCUGACCGAGCUAUUUACCAGCCAAGAUCAGUUUCACGGGGAGGUUCAAAAGCAGACUCGCCAAAAACAAGUGAAACUACAGAAAGAGAACGGAGCAAAGACCCGAAGGGUAGGGAGAAGAAUCGUGAACCAGAACGUGAUACGAGAAAAACUCGUGACGAAAAACCGCGUGAUCGAUAUCGCGACGAUCGAAGAGAGCGUGACAGGGAUCGAAGAACUGACCGUGAAAAGGAUCGUGAACGCGAGCGCCCGCGAGAAAAGACACGUGAUCGUGAACCAGAGAGUGACAGAAGGCGUGACAUUGAGCGCGCAAAUGAAGAACGAGAGGAUAAAAGCAAAGCUGAAAAAUGCGAGAGCGAACGUAAUGAGACGAAGAAAACAACUUGUGAAUGACACUCCAGUCUGGAUAUUAGUGCAAAAACAGCAAGGCGAUCGUUCAUUUUUCUUGUGAAAAAUAUUUUCUUCGCGACCGUAAACCACAAAGCGGUUUUUAUCCCGCUUAUCAAGAGCAUCUUUUGGACUCAUCGUUGAAGAAACGUUUUCUGUUUAUAAACUGAAUUAAAAAGUUCAAAUAAAACCAUUCGAGAAA